AUGUCGGGGUUGAUACAUACAAAUGUUAGGAGCAGUAUAAUGAGUCAAAAUUCUCGAUCCAUAAGCGGAUUCGGUGGGCCAGAACUGGAUAUACUGACUGAUGCUGAACUUGUGAAGUUAGUGAACGAUCUCAAGGAACAAAUUAAUAUCCUAGGCAUUGAGAAUGAAAUCUUAGAGAAGACGAUCAUGAGACUGGAGCCUUCGCUAAUGCACGGUGUGUAUCAAGCCUUUGAAUACGCGACGAAGAUGAGUUCUAACACAUCUUUGCAAGUGGGCAGUUUUAUCAAAAACCAAGCAUCCAAAUUCGGUUUGAUAGACACGUUUAUAAGUCCGUCAAGAAUGCUAACGAGUCCUUCUAGAGUAUCUACAAAAAGAGUUGAUUCUGCUCCCAAACUCGGUGGUACGGUAGUCUUCGGGUCCGGACCAAGGAUCAACGUUCUAGAGAGAGCUGAAUUAGUCUCUGUAGAAAUGGAUGUACUUGUCGCUAACUUGAAUAAAAUCAGGAACAAAGGGGCGAAGCAACAUGCUCUGCUCAAAGCUCAAUUAGAAGAAAUCGGUAUGCGAGUGUCGGAUAUCGAAAAGGCGAACAAGAUGUUUCAUCAAGAGGUGUUAGUUGAAGGUUGGGAUAAAAUAGCUCAAAGGAUCCCCGCAGAAAUAUGGAUCAGAUUCAUGACGGAAUGGGUUAAGAUAUCAGACAGCCAGAUAGGGAAGCUGCGACUGAGGACCAGUACUCUAAACACACAGUACAGCAAACUCAAAGGUCAGAUCAAGGUGAAAGCAGAGUUAAGUGAGAGCCUUAGACCGGUGGACUUUGAGAAACUGAAAAUAGAGAACAGUCAAUGUUUGAAACUUAUAGAUCACAAGUUGCAACAGCUGGGAGAGUUGAAGAAGAUGACGGGUGAUGCUAAUUUGAACUUAACUAUACAUAAGAAGGCAAUGAUGGAGCAGAACUCUUAUUUAGCAAAGGUACAAUCGACAAUCAAGAAUAAGGAAGACCAGACAGUAGAGUUAGACAACGAAAGAGAUCUAAUACAGAUACAAGCGGACAUUCUGGCUCAAAGACUGAAUGAGAUACGGAAAGUUAGAAUGAAAUAUCAAGUGCCGAAUGUCAUGGAUUAUGUUAAAGUGAAAUGGGUGGUUACUGACUUGAAGCAUGCGAUAAAAAUGUUGGAUAAUAGAAAGCAUAUACAACAGAUAGCUUUGACAUCUAUUAAUAGGAAAUUGCAGACAAUGAGUACAAUUGCUGCAAAGAGUGAUAUAGCUGCUAAAAGCGAGACGAGUUAUAAAAAAGAAUAG